GCUUCAACAGCGUAUUUACGUGUGCGUAAUUGACGAGUGCUACUGGAAAAAACAGAGAAGAAAACGGGUAUGUUUUGACGAGUGUUUAAUCACGUUUUAUGUCUGAAACUCACACGAUGGAUAAUUGACUGGAUCAGAGAAUUACCUGGAGCAUAUCAUCGCGUGGACAAUGAAUACCUCAACAACGACAAGACUACCUCGACGGAUACGAGAUCCCGCGCGACGGAUACGAGAUCGAUUGUAUGCGCGUCUACGCUUGAGACCGAUUCCCGGCGAAUUGUUGCCAGCUAUAUCUCGUACCACGGAUACCUCUGCAGUAGAGAAUACGUUAAACAGACGUCCCAAUGGUUGGAAUUCACCACAGAGUCCUGAUGAACUGGUCAUUCAAAAGAGAGGUCGACGUAAAAGCAUAGUGUGGUCUCCAGAUCUUGACGCUAACAAACGAAACAAUCUGCUUAGCUUGAGCUCCAGAGAACGUACACCAGUUAAGAGCCCACAGGCUUCAAGAGAUAUCUUGAGAAGUCCACCUAGAAAAAGACUCUCCCUCAUUGAUAUUCGCCAUUCGGAAUUUACUACACCGGAGAAGAAGAGAAAGUCGUGUUCUCUGAUAUUGGACGCAAAUACAUCGCAAAGGCAGCUCGUCGAUGAUUUAACACGUGGCUUACGAGGUCUCAGUCACGAACAGUUAGUUCAAAUGAUUAUGAAUGUAGUACAUAUGCAGGAAGAUGGUUUACUGUGCAAGAAUACAACACUUCGUAGCGUACUUUUGGAGAAAAUACCGGUCGCUGAUAUUGAACAGUUGAUACAAAAACUACGUAUCCUUAGACAGAAUGUUUAUGCCAGCCUUGUGUGUUCCAAUCUGGACGAUUCCGCAUAUAGUCGUGCUUAUGUACAUCUGGACAUGUUUGAGAAAACCCUGAUUAACCAAGGAAAAGUAUUGCAAGAGUCUCAUCAUUGGAUAUCCUUGAUGCGUUAUGCACUGGUAGCAUGGGAAGUUACGAAAGAAUUGCCAGAAUGGGAAAAUCAGGGUCAUCACAACACCACACGUAAAUGCUUUAAGAGUUUAUCGCAGUUUUGCUUUGAAGCUCUAAAAAGAGAAAAUUUUGAAACAUCGGAUUUGGAGAUUUACAUUGAGAGACUCGAGACCAUUGCUGAACAAUGCGAAGAUUUUAAGAUGUGUCUUCAAAUGGCGGAAGAAGCGAAGCAAAAUAGUUAGGUUCUUUUUUAUCACAUACAUUUUUCUGCGUGCGAACAUUAAGCGAGCUUUAUUUAAAUAUUUAUUUUGGCAUAUUUGUGUCAACUAAAAUUAACAUAAUUUAUAUGUAAGGUGAUUUAUAAGAUAAAGUCAACCAGUGAGAAACUUAAUAUUUUAAACAGAAAAUGCAAAAAACUGCUGUAACAUUAAGUCACUGCGAUAAUCGAGUAUGUGGCAUUACUUUUUCAGAAAUGGUAUAUGGACAUUCAUUAACGUGAAUAUAUAUAAUAUGCGUCUCGCAUUUACUUAUUUUUCGUUUCUCGGUUAACGAACGCACUUGUGUACACGUAACACAAACGCGCGAUAUUAAAUCUAAUACCUAUCAAUCUGCCAUUUGACGUUAGCUGGGUAUGAAACUAAUUAUACAAUUUAUAUAUUUUCAUGAUAUAUUUUUUAAGUCUUUUAUUUUAAGAUAUAGAUAAUAUAACUUUGUAUGUACACCCUUAAAUGGAAAGAUCGUUUUAACUUGCCAACGCGACUGUCAAUUACAGCAUUUAUCUUAAAGAUAUAGGAGUAAAUGACUUGCCAUUAGAAACAUUAACGCUUAAAAGAAAACAGUAGAUAUAUUCGAAAAAAUCUAUUUUUCCAUUUAAGGGUAAUUUCGCGAAAAGUACUGUACUUGUUAGAAUGUGAAACUUACUGACCUUAGCUAAAAGUAUAUUUUGGUCUGGACUUGUUUGGGCUACUUAUGUGAAAAAUAGUCUAAACGACGAAAGACAAAAUUGAAAACGUAUCUUUAUGAUAAGCGUUUAAAUGGUGUUCUGUGUUAUUAAACAUCGAACAUUACCGGCUAUUUUCUUGAUAUACACUAUUUUGAACUUGUUAAAAUAUUCAAAAUACUCGGGAAAUAGUGUUGUGUAUUUUUAUACCUCUUGCGGAAGUAUCUUUUAAUGUCCAGUGUAAUCGCUUUUAUAACGUAUUUAUUGUGAAUUGCGUCGGGGAGAAUGGACUAGCGUGUAUGUAUUUUUCCUUUUAUUAAAAACGAUUUAUUUGUCAUAAUA